UUUUAGAUUGCAAACAAUGGAUUUGCUAGAUAAUAUUACGUCAAUGAUGAGCAAUACAGAGGAGGACCGCUAUAAAAAUCGACCCAAAAAAGAAGUGAAAACCGAGCCCGAAGAAGGUGAUGGAUCUUCAUUUGCUCAACCGUCUUCGUCUUUUCGUAUACCAAAGAAAAAAUCCGGUGACUCUCAUGGAACGGAUGUGAAAACAGAGUCUCCCCUCAGCAGUUCUAGUCGAUCGUCGCACUAUGAUAGGGACGUAAAGUCGGAGCGUCCUCAUAGUCGAACAUCGAACUACGAUAGAUAUGAUGACCGUGAUCGGGAACGGUCUUCAUCGCAUUCCUAUAGGCGUAACUCGGACACUCGUCUUCCUUCGAACUAUAAGAAAUAUUCUGGAGACCGACGCGGCUCUUACGAUAGAAGGGGAUCCGAUGAUCGCUAUCGUUCACGAGAUGUACCAAUGGAAGUCGAUAGCAAAUAUGGGAUGAGAGAAGAGUUCAAAUCUGAGCCGAGAGGUUUUGGGAGGCCUAUCAAACAGGAUUACAAGCCAUUCGAUGCUGAAACUGUGGGCGACUUUGUCAUUCCACAUAAAGUGGAAAUCGAGAUGAAUGGGCUGCAGCUUGAUCUGAGCUGUGCUCCGGAGUCUGUAGACCGUUACCAUAUCACGAUAACGAAAAUUCUGAAAAAGAAAGAAAAAGACGCUACGAAAGGCCCCAGAGAGGAUCUUCCAACCCAGCAGCGUCGUCGAGCCUUGUUCGCUGUCUUCAGGCAGUUGGUAAAGUCCAACCCGGACGUGUUCGGUGAUGAUCGCCACAAACACGUAUAUGAUCUAGGAAAUACCUUUUAUUCUGUUGGAUGCAAUAUCACAGAGGAACACGGUGUUUGUGAAUUCAAAAUCGCUGCUGAUGAAAUCAGGAGCGACUUCAGCAGGACUUUCUUGUCCAAGGGUGGUCUCAAAGAAUUGAUUUUUACUGUACAGUGGACUGGACAGGUUUUCAUCCGAGGUCCCAAAUUAAAUGAAAAUGAUGGUAGCCGCCGGGAGGCAGCUAGAUUCUUUGAUGUUUUAACGAGCCAGAUUCUGUACCAUGGCGAUCAUCAUAUCUUUGGGAAUAAGUUUUUCGAGAAACAGUGUGAAAAGGAUGCGAACUUAGGAGAAGGCAAAUGUGUGAAGAGUGGCUUCGAGAAAAAUGUUCGAUUUCUGGGUGACAGCGAUGAUACUGCAGUACCAAUUCUGCAAAUUGACACAAAGAAAUCGCCGUUUUACAACGAACAGUCUGUGCUGCAAUUUAUCCGUGAAUUAACUGGACGUGAUCCUGAAGAGGCCAUGAGAGUGAAGAACCUUGUGAAAAAAAUAGUAAAGGAACUCAGAGGUUUGGUCGUUACUACUACGCACACACAUAGGACUCUGUAUAUUCAUGGAAUUAUUGAGAAGAAUGCAUGCACACAAGUAUUCGAGACUAACGAAGGAGAAAUUUCCGUGGAACACUAUUUUUAUGAACAAUAUCGUCUCCAAUUGAAAUAUCCGCAAUUACCACUUGCUACGGAGCGCAAAGCCGGGGGUAGUUAUAGCUUUUACCCGCUUGAAGUGCUUACAAUCGAGCGUGGACAGCGGGUCGACAAUGCAAGACUUGCGGGACCAAUGACUGAUAGAAUGAUACAACAAUGCCGUUUGCUUCCAAAUCAAAUGCGUGAACAUAAUAGAGACCAGCUCGACUUCGGCCGCGUAAAUGACAGUGAAAAUCCGUACCUCAUUGCCUUCGGAGUUCAAGCUAGCGAAAACUUCAUCACCAGUGAGGCUAAAGUAUUGAGUGCACCGGAAAUCAAGUAUAAAACUGAUACUCUCCAACCGGAUCGCAGCGGUCCUAUGUUAUUUUGGCGUCUGAGAAAAGCACAGUUUCUGCGGCCCGCAACCGUUGACACUGUUUCCAUCAUUGUAUUUGACAAAGCAAUGGAUAAUAGACAAGCUCUUGACUUUUUCCAUUCACUGGCUAGAGCAGGCCGCGAUCGUGGUAUGGACAUUCGAGACGACGUGAAGGUAACACAGCUUCCAUCCGAGGUAGAUGAAAUGACCGAACGACAUUUCAAUACGAAAUUUAGUUCAUGCGCUGGGAAAGUAUCCAUAAUCAUGUGUAUAACGAAGAUAAAGAAGGAUGAUGUGCAUGAUACCAUCAAAAAGCUGGAAGCUAAAUACAGAAUCGUCACUCAACACGUAAGCAGGGACACCGCUUUGGCGUGCAUAAGAGGAGGGAAGACGCUUGAGAACGUACUGUUGAAGUUCAAUGCCAAAAACGGAGGGUUAAACCACACAGUAAGUGCACCAAGACAAGCGCUUAGCAAUGCAGCAUCACAACGAGAUGUAAAUAGUCGCUUGUUCCAUAGAAAAAUGUUUGUCGGUUUCGAAUUAUCUCAUGCUGCUGCGCAGUCGCUUUAUGAUCGCCAGAAUAACGCUGCAGUCAAAGAGCCCACUGUAGUUGGGUUUUCGUACACACUGGGGGAGCCUUCAGAUCUGUCGGGGUUUUGGUGGUAUCAACAACCAAGGCUUCACACUGUUCAGUAUAUCGCCAAACACUUCUCUCGGGCAUUCUUGGACUAUCACAAGAACAACAAGCAGCAGCUUCCUUCGGAAGUUUACGUGUAUAGAUCUGGAACGAGUGAGGGUGAAUACUCAGAGGUUGUCGAUGAGGCUAAGGAAAUCCGCGCCGUUGCAGAAAAACUGAGAGAUCUCAAUGGUGGUAGACCGUACCGACCGAAAAUCACAGUAAUUGUAGCUCAAACGCAUAGUAACUACAGAAUUAUGCCCGCCAGACUACCCCCUGUUGGGGGAGGUCGUUGGAAGGCUCAGGAUCUCAACGUUGCUUCUGGGACAUGUGCGGAUUCGGUUAUAGUUCACCCACGAUAUCGAGAAUUCAUUAUGACAUCUCAGCAAGCUAAUAUUGGUACCUCGAAACCGACCAAGUACACAAUUGUCGUUGAAGAUGAACCGCAAAUGUCAAUUGUAGAUGCGGAGCACAUCGCUCAUUACCUCUGUCAUGCUCAUCAGCAAUCUACGUUGCCAACGCAUGUACCGGCUGUUUUAUAUGCUGCGGAGAACUUAGCAAAAAGAGGACGGGCUGCGUGGAAGUCAAAAAUAAGUGAGAACUGGGAUGGUGCCUCAUCGAUGUCGGGGAGCCGAAUUUCGCUCAGAGAGGGAGAGAGUGCUGAAGACUUCUACAACAGGAUCACCGAGGAGUUGAUGAACUCGCUACCGCAUCAAUACUUUGCAUAAAUAGCACACAGUGUUUGUACUGUAUAAAUAGCACACAGUGUUUGUAUAAAAUUCUUCUCAAAUCGGGUUUAUAUCGUUUAUAUGGCAAAGGUUUUUUUUUCAAUUUCCGUGAUGGUUUUAAUCUCAUAAGCAUGUCUCUCACGUCAAAGGUGCUAUUAGCUAGCUUUAUAUUGUAAAUAGGAUGUAUUAUAGGACGUGCUUUGCAUAUCAGGAUUGAAAGCGCUGUGUUAGGCGUUCAUUGAUGCCUUCUUUUGUGACUUUCACUUUUCACUGUUUUAUAUGGAUCACGUAGUUGUUUGUUUUAUUGGCCAUUUUUGUUGCCAGUUAUUGCUGGAUCAAUGUUCACUGUCUUGCCUUUUUUUAUAGAUUACUAGCUAUAAAGGUAGUCGUAGAUAUUUUUGGUGAUUUUUGGUGUUCUUGGAUGAAGGUUGACACAGCAC